AUGUGCGUUGAAUUCAUCAAAGUCAUCGUGGAAUCAAAUCAGACUGAAAGCGGAAAAAAGAGCCUUAUUGACAAAGCGAAAGAUUAUAUUAGAAAAAUUGCGUCAGCAAUCGAUGUUGAAGGCGAAACAGAAACAGAAGUCGUUACUGAAACACCUUCACAAGAAGUUCAAGGUAAAUUUGCGCGACUUUACACAGAAGAUGGAUCCAGACCUUCAUCACCGAAAAAAUCAAACGAAAAAGAAUCGAAAAUAGACAUGGAAUUUCGCGACUACGAAAGUCUCGGAGGAAAGGGCCUCUGGAGUAAUUUUGAAGCGAAAAUGAAGUGCGAAAAAGUGCCGGAAUGCCAGUGGCGAUAUAAAUUCUGGGUUGCGAACAGUUCUCGAUUCCCAAUCUUAGCAGCUGUGUCUAAUUUUGUAGCCUUCCUACCGUCAGAGCCGUCUUACACAAUCGUUCGGGACGAAAAUGGGACCAAAUACAAAAUACACUUGAGCGAGCGCGCAGAAUGGCAGCACUCUUCCCGAGAACAGGAUCAAAUUGACGUAUUCUACGCUAGAACGCGAUCUGGCGAAAACACCAAAUACACGCUUCUUUUUUCGCACGGCAAUGCGGUCGACCUCGGACAAAUGAGCUCGUUUUUCAUCGGACUGGGGACGCGACUCAAGGUCAAUAUUCUGAGCUACGACCAAAGCUCGGGAAAGCCAAACGAGUCAAACUUGAACAAAGCUUGCGGCGCGGCGUACGAAAAGCUACUCGAGAAAUAUAAUGUUCGCCCGGAUCAAGUCAUUCUUUACGGACAGUCAAUCGGCACAGUCCCGACGACUGAUCUAGCAACAAAAGUCGACUGCGCCGCCGUUGUGCUUCACUCGCCCUUGUCUUCAGGCUUCCGAGUUCUGUUCCCACGGCAAAGAGAACAUGGAUUUUUGACGCUUUCAAAAAUGUCGAGAAAGUGCAACGCGUGA